UUCGAUUCAAAACUACACUUCACUGGGUGACUGUAGAUAAGACGCAAGACUCAAAGAGUCGUCGUAUAGUUGGCGCACACCUGCUCGACUUCUGACGCACACUCUCACUCGCUCAUGACUGCUCAUUCGCACCCUUGUUUUGAGUUUGUCCUUGACCUGCACGACCCUCUUAAUUCUUGGAUUCUGAACUCUGCUUCGUACCCCUCUUCGCCUUCUCCCGGCUCCAUCGACUGGCUCGCGCGUCGCUCAACCGACCUCCUCCAUCCCCACUUCUUACUCACACGACACGUCGACUUCGCGUCCAGUUAACUUCGAAGAUGCCUUCGGCUGGAGAAGCGACGAAAAGUGUUGCUCCUGCCACGGCUGGGCAAGGCAUCGUCUUACCGCCCAAUGCUACCAGGCUUGCUCAAACGGCUCAAUUAAAUGCGCUCCUGACAAUCAUCAGGUCCAGCGCUACUUCUCGAUCCGAUUUCAUCUUUUACGCAGACAGGAUCAUACGUAUGGUAGUAGAGGAAGGAUUGAAUUACUUGCCCACGCUCGAGAAGACGGUGCAGACAUCCACCGGUGGGGCUUAUGAUGGACUGAAAUUUGAGGGGAGGAUCUGCGGAGUGUCGAUCUUGAGAGCUGGGGAAGCUAUGGAGAGUGGAUUGCGGGAGUGCUGCAGGAGCGUCAGGAUCGGAAAGAUAUUGAUUCAGCGGGACGAAGAGACGGCGAAACCAAAGCUGUUCUAUGCGAAACUGCCGCAAGACGUUGCGAAGCGAUGGGUCCUGCUCUUGGAUCCCAUGCUAGCUACGGGAGGCUCGGUCCUGCAGGCCAUCGAAGUCCUCAUUUCUCACGGGGUGGAAGCGUCUCGGAUCCUAUUCCUCAACCUAGUCGCCAGUCCCGAGGGACUAGCAAAUGUAUAUGCUAGGUAUCCAGAAGUGAGAGUUAUUAGCGCUUGGGUCGAUGAGGGGUUGGAUGAAAGGAAUUACAUCGUGCCCGGUCUCGGAGACUUUGGCGAUCGAUACUUUUGCUGAUGCAGAAUGGCGAGCGCUAGCCUUACUAGAAUUGAAUGCUACACGAGCACAAUAUGCAGCG